AUGUGGACUGGACUGACUUCUAUGCUCACUUUUAUCCACUGUAUAGUGACAGUGGUUCCUCUGAUUGACUCAGAUGACGUCAUCACCAAAGACGAGCAGAUCUAUGUUCUGAUUGGUGCUCAUGCCAAAUGUGAACACAGCAUCAAGGCUCAGAAGGCUCUUCUUAUUGAAGGUGAAUGUCCGCCUGAGUGGGAUGGGAUCAUCUGUUGGCCUCGGAGCAGAGCGGGAGAGCUGGUGUCAGUACUGUGUCCUGAAUACAUCUAUGACUUCAACCACCAAGGUCGGGCCUACCGCAAAUGUGAUGGCACUGGAUACUGGGAGCAGGUUUUCAGCAUCAACCGCACUUGGGCCAACUACAGCGAGUGCACAACAUACCUGACCUCCAACCAGCGCAGUCAGGAUGAGGUGUUUGAACGGCUUCACCUCAUGUACACAGUGGGUUAUUCAAUUUCACUGGCUUCUCUAUUGGUGGCUGUGUCCAUCCUCUGCUAUUUCAAACGUCUCCACUGCACUCGAAACUACAUCCACAUUCACCUCUUCACUUCCUUCAUUUGCCGAGCGAUUAGUAUUUUUGUAAAAGACACAGUGCUUUACUCCAUAGCAGAAGAAGGCAGAAUGGACUUCGAGCUCACAAGACAAAAGUCACACAUGGCUGGGUGUAAAGUUGCAGUGACAUUUUUCUUCUACUUUUUGGCCACUAAUCAUUAUUGGAUCCUGGUAGAGGGAUUGUACUUGCACAGCCUCAUCUUCAUGGCCUUCCUCUCUGACAAAAACUACCUCUGGGCUCUCACAAUUAUUGGAUGGGGUGUUCCAGCAGUGUUUGUGUCCAUUUGGGUCAGUGCGCGUGCAUCACUGGCAGACACACAGUGUUGGGACAUAAGCGCUGGAAACCUGAAGUGGAUCUAUCAGGUCCCCAUUCUGGCAGCCAUUGUUGUGAAUUUCCUUCUUUUUGUCAAUAUAAUCCGCGUACUUGCCUCUAAAUUGUGGGAAACUAACACAGGUAAACUAGAUCCUAGACAACAGUACAGGAAACUGCUCAAGUCGACAUUGGUGUUAAUGCCUCUGUUUGGAGUACACUACAUGGUCUUCAUGGCUCUUCCCUACACUGAAGUGUCUGGGCUCCUGUGGCAAGUGCAAAUGCAUUAUGAGAUGUUCUUCAACUCUUCACAGGGGUUCUUUGUCGCAUUCAUCUAUUGCUUUUGCAAUGGUGAGGUACAGGCUGAGGUGAAGAAGGCCUGGCUGCGCCGUAGUCUAGCUCUGGAUCUCAAACAAAAAGCCCGGAUAACCAGCAGCGGGGGCAGCUGUUAUUAUGGUGGCAUGAUGUCCCACACCACAACUCACAGUAUCUCUGCCACCCACCCAAGGGCUCUCUCCUUCACUGUGGGUGCAAUGAGUACAGGAAGUGUUAUGACCAACAAUGACAGUGGCCAACCACCAAGUCCUGCCUCCAUCUAUCAAAAAAACAGUCUACCCGGGUUUAUCCCCAGUGACUCAGAAAACAAUCAGUCAAAGAGCAUACCCCUCCCAGUCCACCAGAUACUGCAAUCCCUGUCGGCGAACGUCAAUGAGGUGAUGGACCGUGAGGUGACCAUCCACAACCCAGGCGGGAGGAUGGGGUUUGGCUGGAGUGCACAGGUCACUGGUGAGAACUGUUGGAAGUUUUGGCAAGACGAUGAAGUGGGCUGCUUUGGAGAACUGGUCAACAGUUGUGAGUAUUACUGUGUUGAGACACAGGGAGGCCAUUGGCCACCAGAAGUAGCAUUUAAGAAAGGAGAGUGUCCGGUUGACCCCAGGAUGGCAGGCAAAUCAGGAGCAAUGGACCAAUUCCAGUACCUUAGAACGGGCCGCAUCUGGAACAAAAAGGGACCCAGGGGGGCCAUUACUUGGAUCAGGCUGAGCGCAUUGAGCCUCCCGGACCAGAUUUUCAAUUUACCAGCUCACAACAGUGACCACACAUGCAGGCAGUAUGAUGGCUUCCAGAGGAGUAGGAGUGUUUUCCUGGGAGAACUGGUGUGA